AUGGACCACCGGCCCAGUCCCCUAGAUAUAUACAGCAGCCAGGAGAUAUACGUUGGUCGAGACAGCAAGACCUGUCGACUCGUCGUCGAAGAUCUGCACGUCUCCAAUAGACAUCUCCGCAUCUACACCGUCCUCUUCGACAAAGAUAACCCGGGCGAGGUAUCGCCUCUCGUGUACGCGCAGGAUCUGUCUCGCAACGGCACGCUUUGGAACGGGUCUCCGAUGGGGAAGAAGGUUGGAGGGGUUCUUCUUAGUGACGGUGAUAUCCUUGCCUUGUCACCGGGGUAUUAUCUCGAGUUUCGAUGUGGGAAUUUUCGAGAGGAAUCUCCGUUUGAAAAUACUCAAUUGAGAGAGAUGGAGCUGUUUGGAGAAUACUAUACCCUUACGAGCCGCAAGCUGGGCUCCGGGGCGUACGGAAAGGUCCAUAUGGCGAUUGAUCGAGAGACUGGCGGGCAACUCGCUUGUAAGAUUGUUGAUUUGAGCCGGUUCAAAAGGGUGGAGGGAACGUCGAAAUUCUUUCCACGCGAGAAUGGACUUUCGGCGAGACGCCUGUCGAGAGAGGUUCGGAGAAGGCUGAAAGCGUAUGAUCGAGAGGCCAACGUUCUCCAGAUGGUCUGCCAUCCGAACAUUAUUGGCUUGGAGAUGGUGAUCAAGACCACGAAUACUGUAUACCUCUUUCAAGAGCUCAUCACCGCAGGCGACCUGUUCUCGUUUCUGGAGCGACGAGGCGGUCGACUGGGCGACAUCGAGGCUGCAGUCGUCGUCCGCCAGAUCCUGCUAGCACUGGAAUACCUGCACGAGCGAGACAUUGUCCAUCGGGACCUCAAGCCGGACAAUAUCCUCAUGACCUCGCUGGCGGAUGGAUGCCGGGUUGUCCUGACCGACUUUGGGUGUGCCAGAUUCGUGAAGCCGAGAAGCACGCGGAUGGGCACCCUUGUGGGAACGUUUGAAUACAGCGCUCCAGAAGUGGUAUUGAGCAAAUCAGGAUACACCAAGGCCGUGGAUCUCUGGUCAGUGGGCUGCAUCGCUGCUGUGCUGCUAACAGGCGGGUCCCCAUUCAGAGAUCCAUCGACCUACGAGUACUCUGUCGAACGUGCUCGCCGGUGUGACCUAGAACUAUUGGAGAUGGACCUGAGAAGAGUGCACGCCGGGAAACGCGCGACAGACUUCAUCCGGCGACUCCUCGUUCUCGACGAGAUGGAGCGGAUGGACGUGAAGCAAGCCGUGCAGCACAACUGGUUCACCAACGCGGCACACCGCCAGGGGUUUGAAGAACUGUACCGACGGGCGAUUCAGAACUGGGAACCGCGCCAGCGCCGUGCACCGAUGGUUCUCAGGGUGGCCGAUGACUUGCGGGGGUCUCCUACCUCGAGCUCUGCCUUGCACUCGGGCAGUCUACGGGGGGACACGCCUCUGUCUUCGGAGGUAUAUGACGAAGAGAUUCCCGAGGAGCAUCGAUCAGGAUGUUCUAUAACACUCUCCGACCCGGAGGGAGGAUCGUACCGGCGGAAGCGUCUAAUGAAAGCGAGCAACCAGAUGGAACAAUCAUGUGGUUCACUCGUUGUGUAUGAGUACGGAAUCCAGCAGACAGAGCAAGUUGAAGAGACUAGUCCCCCUGUAGAAGAGGGAGUGUACGAGGAAGUCGACAAUUGUAUCACGGGAGAGAAGCGGCAUAUUCCAUACGGAUACAGAUAUGGCAUGAGGGAUUGAGGAUUAUUACUGUUCUUUUUUUUUACACUGAAAAGUUUUGAAAGUAUGAUGUGAUAGAGGGGUUUACUUUGCGAUGGGCUCCCUUGACAAGGACUGUUAUAGAUCCUAGAAAGGGCAGACAGGG